AUGAAACAGUUUCUACUUACUGAUACUGAGGAAAAAGACACGGUCAAGACUACCUCAGGCAGCAAAAGAACAAAGGAAGGGUCUAGAGGCCAUCAUGCUGUUGGGUAUAACACUGAGUGGGAGCUCGAGUUUCCUUGGUUAGUUUCUGUGAAAGACGAGUGUGGAAGAGUCACUGGAAUGCUAUGUCAUGUUUGUAAAAGGCACAAGACAGCAUCUAAGUACAAUAAGUCAACAGUAUGGAGUACUACACUGUGUACAUGUAUCAGAAAGAAUAGUGUUCGUCGUCAUAGUCAGUCCUUAAAACACAAAGGAGCUAUGGAGAAAGAAAUGGUUAGGGAACAGAGUAGUCGUGAUGGAGGGAUAAGGCAGGCUUUCCAAAGCCAGCUCUCAUUAAGUGAAGCGGCAGUUAAGACAGCCAUGCAGUGCCUAUACUGGCUUGUUAAAGAGGAAAUCCCUCACACUACUAACUAUCACUCGUUGCUAAAAGCUGUGGAAUACAUGGGCUGUGUUCAUCUUAAGCAUGGUGAAAAUGCUAAGUACACCAGUAGGCGAAUAAUGAUGGAAUUUCUACAAGUUAUGGGGAAACAGGUUGAACAGCAAACUUUAAAUGACAUGCUAGCAUCACCUGUUUACUCUCUGUUAAUUGAUGAAACAACUGAUGUAUCAGUUUUGAGCGAGAUGGUGAUUUACGCCCGUUUUAUAGAUGUUAAUGCAACAGCUCGCACUGUCUUUCUAAAGAUUGCAGAGCUACCAAAUGGAUCUGCCGAAGCAAUCGAAUCUGUUUUGCUUGCUUACCUUGCAGAUUGUUCAAUUCCCUUGUCACGACUAGUUGGAUUUGGUAGCGAUGGGGCUUCCGUUAUGAUUGGCAAACAUACUGGUGUUGCAACCAGGUUGAAAAACAGACAACCAAUACUUACCUCUAUUCAUUGCCUGGCUCACCGAUUAGCAUUAGCUGCUAGUCAAGCAGGAGGAAACGUUAAAUUCAUCAAUGAUACUUUCAAACCUACAUUACGUCAGCUUUUCAAUUUUUAUGAAAAUAGCCAUGUCAGAUCCACUGGCCUUAAGGCAUUACAAGACAUUCUGAAAACACCCGAGAUCAAAUUAAAGAAACCACUGGACAUGCGUUGGCUCUCUCACAAUAAUGCUUGUCAGGCCUUGAGAAAAAUACUUCCCUCAGUCAUUGCAAGCUUAGAAAGAGAGGCUGAAGAGCGUGGUGAGGCAUUGGCAGUUGGCUUAAGCAGAGUUAUCCAACGAUACAAUUUUGUAGCUUCCUUAUACAUGAUGUGUGAUGCCCUACCCAAAGUGUCCAAGCUUAGUAGGAUAUUUCAAUUGUCGGGUCUGAACAUGUUAGAAGUUCACUCGCAUAUUAUAACAGCCACUGAGGGAUUAGCUACACUUAUUGAUGACCCUAUGAAAGGGGAGCACUUCAGAAGUUUAACAUCAGAUCACGAAUCUAACUUGGCUCCAUACAAUAUUCCCCAUUCACCAGAAGUAAUCCAUGCUUUCUUAAAAAAUAUUCAAAAACCUUUUUUGACAUCGAAAACAUCAAGGAACGGUUACCCGAUACUAAUUUUUUUUUUCAAAUUUUGA